AUGAAGUUUGGCCAGCAGCUCCGCCAGUCUCUUAUCAAGGACUAUUACUGGCAUUAUAUUGCCUAUGACGACCUGAAAGCCGCCCUCAAGAAACCUUUCAUCAAUGGCAAAAGUGGCCAGCGAGAACCCUGGACCGACGACGACGAGGCCAACUUCAUUCGCCUGCUAGAGGCCGAGCUCGACAAGGUCUUCACUUUUCAGAAGCUCAAGAGCCAGGAGAUCAUAUCGAGAAUAAAGGCUGCUGAGGCUGAGGUGAAGCAGGUUGUGGAACGGCAAGAUCGCCAAAACCACAAUGGCUAUGAGCCCGACGAGGAGCUCGAGAACGAUUUCGAUCUGUUGGAAGCCGACCUUUCCGACAUCAUCGCCGACGUCCAUGACCUGGCCAAAUUCACCCAGCUGAACUACACGGGUUUCCAGAAGAUCAUCAAGAAGCAUGACAAGCAGACCCAGUUGAUCCUGCGUCCUUCGUUUGCCACCCGUCUCAAGGCAAAACCCUUCUUCCAAGACAACUAUGAUGCCUUCAUCGUCAAGCUUUCCAAGCUCUACGACCUUGUCCGGACGCGCGGCAACCCGGUAAAAGGAGAUAGUGCCGCCGGUGGCUCCCAGCAGAACUUCGUCCGUCAAACAACCAAAUACUGGGUCCACCCAGACAAUAUUACCGAGCUGAAGCUCAUCAUUCUCAAACAUUUACCUGUCCUGGUCUUCAAUCCAAACAAGGAGUUUGAAGAGAAGGAUUCUGCCAUCUCAUCCAUCUACUAUGACAACUCGGAAACAUGGGAGCUAUACAUGGGUCGUCUCAAAAAGACCGAGGGCGCAGAGGCCAUCCGUCUUCGUUGGUACGGCGGCAUGGAAAACGAGACUAUCUUUGUUGAGAGAAAGACUCAUCGGGAAGAUUGGACGGGCGAAAAGUCUGUCAAGGCUCGUUUCACCCUGAAAGAGAAGAACGUCAAUCCCUUUUUGGCUGGGACAAUGACGGUUGAGGAAGUCUUCGCAAAAAUGCGAAAAGAGGGAAAGAAGAGCAUCAAGGAAAUUGAAGACCUCGAACAACUCGCUCGAGAAAUUCAGUACCGCGCCAUCAGCCGGAAACUCGUCCCGGUGACCAGGUCGUUCUACCACCGCACAGCAUUUCAGCUUCCAGGUGACGCCCGUGUGAGAAUCUCGUUGGAUACCGAGUUGACCAUGGUCCGGGAAGAUAACCUUGACGGCAGACAACGCGCCGGCAAGAACUGGCGUCGGAUGGACAUCGGCAUUGACUGGCCCUUUCCCCAGCUGCCGCCGGAAGAUGUUGAACGGUUCCCCUACGCCGUCCUAGAAGUCAAACUGCAGACCCAAGCUGGUCAAGAGCCACCUCAAUGGAUUCGUGACUUGACAGCGAGUCAUCUUGUCGAAGCUGUUCCCAAGUUUUCAAAAUUCAUUCAUGGCACCGCCACCCUUUUUCCAAGUCGCAUCAAUCUGCUGCCAUUUUGGUUCCCUCAGAUGGACGUCGACAUUCGGAAACCGAUCACCCAUCGUUUCGGCAUUGAACGACCCGCAAAUACAGCGAGCUACUCCACCAGCGAUAUCGACGAGGACGAGUAUGAUUCAGAUGACGCAGCAGUGGAGGCUCAGACGACCGGAAAGACAACGCCCAUGUUCGACGGCUCACAGGACACCGAAGAUGAAGGGACAAGGCGCUUGAAGGCUGCACGGCAAGCGCUCGACGAACAUACUCGGGCCCAGGACCGAGACGCCAUGGAAGAGGGCUACACGGCGCCGGGGAACUCAUUAGACGUAGAAGAAAGGGUGGCUGCGAUGCCUGUCUCUGCCGAGUAUCUAUAUGAUUCGGAAGAAGAAGACGCCGAAGACGAGCUAGAACAAGCUCGACAGUCCAAAUCCUGGAAAUACUACCCUUUGCUUUUGAAACACCACGCCCAUCUGGUUGGGGACCGUGUUCUCAACCUCAUUCACAAAAUCCCCACGAGUACCCCCUUGCCACAGAACGGAGGCGUUGCUGGCGGCAGAAACCAACUUACGGGCCAAGUGCAAGUCAAACUCUUCAAGGCUCCCAGAGGCAAACGCAUCCAUGUGCCCGUCCGGGUGGAGCCCAAGGUCUACUUUGCCGCAGAACGCACAUUCCUCUCGUGGCUAGAAUUUAGCAUCAUCAUCGGCUCCAUUGCCGCCGCGCUUUUGAACUUUGGAGACAAUGUGAGCCUGAUUUCUGCCUGGGGGUUCACCAUUGUCGCGUGCGCUGCGUUGAUAUAUAGUGUCAUCAUUUAUUAUCUGCGGGUGCAGAUGAUUCGCAAGAGGAGGGCCAAUGUCUCAAGGUACUAUGAUAAGUAUGGGACGACGGCGUUGUGUUUGGGGUUAUUGGCCGCAACAGCAGUCACAUUUGUCUUUAGGAUCAAGGAGAACGGAUGGUUCCAGCUGCCAGGUGACCAGGGGUAA